AUGAACAUCAAUUACUUAUAUUAAUAAAUUGAAGACUAGGAUGAAUAGAUCGAGAAGGCCACUAAAGUUAUCGAAACACUGACAGCAGAAAUUGAAACCCAACAAAAAGAGAUUAUAAGAUUGAAAUAUGAAAAUGAAUAUUUGAAUUCAUAAAAUAAAAUACUUGAAAAGGAAAAGUUAGCCCUUUAAAAAGAGAGCAAUAAUAUUGAUACCAUUAAAAAAUGUGAAAUUAGAUAAAAGCAGAUUAAUGUAAAUUAAAAGGAAAAAAUAGAGAAAUUCUAAACAUUAUGGGCUCAAUAAGAAUUGAAUUAUAACAAUACAAUAAUUGAAUUAAAUGAAAAUAUUAAACAGCUUUAGUAGUAAAAUGAAGAAAAACAAAAUGACCUAGAAUUACUUUAUAAGUAGAGUUAACAACAACAAUUAGCAAUUAAUUAAGUAAUGGAAAUUUUGGAACAAAAAGAAUAGGAAUUGUAACAGUUAAAUUCAUAUCUUAAUAAUCAAAAAGAAAACACAGAUAAUUUCAGUACAAUAUAUAAGUAAGACAUCGAAAAUUUAAAAAAAUUCACAGAAAACUUAUUUAUAUAAUCCGAUAAAAAUAUCAUCAUGUAAAUCAAUAAAAAUAAGGCUUCAAAGAAUAACGCAUCCUCCAAAGAUCUUAAUUAAACUCAUCAGAUGGCUUAAUAAUAUAAAGAAGAAUAAAAGGAUGAAUCACAUAUCUAUGAUAUUAUCUUGAGAUAAAGUAAAUAUAUAAACGAAAUUUAUACUAAAUUAUAGAAUACUAUUUCAAAUGAGUAACUUUCAGAAUUUAUUGUUCAAGUUAAUUAUAUGAGAUAAUAUUUUGAGAUCAUGUAAAAUAAAAUUUACGAUAUUAAUGUUGAGAGAAAUAUCAUACAUCAAGCCUAUGUAAAUUUAGCCUAAUAAACUAAAACAUAGUAAUCAUACAUUGAAUAAUUAUUGACUAUGAUUAAGAAUUAUUAAAAUACUAAUAAUAAUAACGAUGUUGAAGAAAUUAAUAAAAUUGAGGUCUUAGAUAUCAAAAUUCUAGAACCUGUUAAUGAAAAUAUGCAAAGGCUAUUAUAAAGUUAUUAGUCUAGUUUGAUAGCUAAAGAUGAAGAGAAAAUGUCCUUAGAACGUCAGAAUGUAAAAUUAUAGCAGAAAAUAGAUUAACUUUAAUCUCAAUAGUAAUAAUAACUGUAGACAUCUUAAUAAUCUUAAUAAUUGGUUUCAUUAUUGCAAAAUCCAAAAAAAUAAACAAAAAACAACACUAAUCUAAAUAAGAUGGAGUCAUUAGAGAAGGAAAAUUAAUUGUUAAUUGAAUAGUUAAAUGAACUAUCGAAAGAACAUGAAGAAACUGUGAAAAUGCUUGAUAAAGCUAUCACGUAAUUAGAACAAUAAACAGAGACUAUAUAAAAAUAUGAAUAAGAAUAAAAUACUAAAAUGAAAGGCAAAAAUAGUUUUAUUGAAACAUAGCAGCCUACUACAUAGGUGAUAGAAUCUUAAAUCGAUAAAUUUUUAGAAUCAUGCUCUUUAUUACCUCCAUUGAAAUCACAAACAGAUAGUGUAGUUUAGAAAACUAAUAUUUUAAUUGAUCUGGUUACGAUGUUAACAGAUUCUUAACAUGACAUCUUAUAAAAAUUAUUAGUAACUUUUUUAGUGACAAGAGAUAAUAAGAGUUUGUAAGGAUUUGAGAAAGACUUUGCAACUUUAAAAUCUAUUCGACAUAAUAUUGGAAUCUUGGAUUAUUUGGAUUAAUUGGAAUGUUUAAAAAACGAUUUGUUGAAUAUUAUAGAGAAAGAAUUGAAAUGCGAAUAUGCAAUACCUUAUGGGAAAUCUAUUCUUAUAUAAGUACUUAAUUUGAUUGCUUAAAAAUAUAUGGAAAUAGUGUAAAAAGAUACUUAAUCUAUUGAAAAACAGAUGAAGAAAUAUAAAAAUCAUAUUGUAAUCUAUAAAAUGUACAAGUAAUGGAAAGAAUGCAUUUUGGAUUUCAGUGAAAUAAUCUUUGAGAUUAUUGAGAGUAUUGAUCAUAUUGGAUAGCCUUAAUUUGAAAGUAAAUUAAAUUAACAAAUUGAAAAGCUUAACUACAACUUUAUUGAUAAUUUUGAUGAUUGA